GCUCCUGCUUUGCAGGCCACAAAGAGCAAGGCGGCGGAGGAGGGCGAUGCUCCUCCGGCCAAGAGAGCCCCCAUCUUCUAUGGCAGCUUGGAGGAGAAGGAGAGAGAGCGUCUGGCGAAGGGAGAGUCAGGUCUGCUGGGAAAAGAAGGGGUGAAAGCUGCGAUCGAGGCUGGCAACAUCAACAUAAGCAGCGGUGAGGUCUUUGAUCUUGAGGACCAUAUGAGCGAGCGCCAGGCCGAGGUCCUCGCCGAGUUUGAGCGCCGCAAGCGAGCCCGGCAGAUCAACGUUUCCACGGACGACUCGGAAGUGAAGGCGUGUUUGAGAGCCCUCGGGGAGCCCAUCACGCUCUUCGGAGAAGGGCCAGCAGAAAGGAGGGAGAGAUUACGAAAUAUCCUUUCAGUGGUUGGCACAGAUGCCUUGAAAAAGAGUAGAAAAGAUGAUGACAGGUCUAAAAAAUCCAAAGAAGAGUAUCAGCAAACCUGGUACCAUGAAGGACCACGCAGCCUGAAGACAGCCAGGCUGUGGCUUGCUAAUUACUCGCUCCCCAGGGCAGUGAAGCGGCUGGAAGAAGCCCGGCUGCUCAAGGAGAUUCCAGAGGCAACCAGAACGUCGCAGAGACAGGAGCUGCACAAAUCCCUGCGGUCCUUGAAUAACUUCUGCAGUCAGAUCGGAGAUGAUCGCCCGCUGUCCUACUGCCAUUUCAGUCCCAAUUCCAAAUUCCUCGCUACUGCCUGCUGGAGCGGGCUGUGCAAGCUUUGGUCUGUGCCUGACUGCAACCUCGUCCACACGUUACGAGGACAUAACACCAACGUUGGAGCAAUAGUCUUCCACCCCAAAGCCACCAUCUCCGUAGACAAGAAAGACGUUAACUUGGCCUCCUGUGCGGCCGAUGGUUCUGUCAAACUUUGGAGCCUUGAAAGCGAUGAGCCUGUAGCAGAUAUCGAAGGUCACACCAUGAGAGUGGCACGUGUGAUGUGGCACCCAUCUGGAAGGUUCCUGGGCACUACUUGCUAUGAUCACUCCUGGCGCCUGUGGGACUUGGAAGCUCAGGAAGAGAUCCUGCAUCAGGAGGGACACAGCAAAGGUGUCUAUGAUAUUGCCUUUCACACGGAUGGGUCUCUCGCUGGGACUGGCGGACUGGAUGCUUUUGGUCGCAUAUGGGACUUGCGCACAGGACGCUGCAUCAUGUUUCUAGAAGGCCACCUGAAGGAGAUCUAUGGUGUUAACUUCUCCCCAAACGGAUACCAUGUUGCAACUGGCAGUGGUGACAAUACUUGCAAAGUGUGGGACCUCCGUCAGAGGAAGUGCAUCUACACCAUUCCUGCCCAUCAGAACCUGGUGACGGGGGUGAAGUUUGAACCCAAUCAUGGAAACUUCCUGCUCACAGGAGCUUACGAUAACACAGCAAAGAUCUGGACUCACCCUGGCUGGUCUCCUUUGAAAACACUGGCUGGUCACGAGGGGAAGGUCAUGGGCCUGGAUAUCUCCCUCGAUGGCCAGCUGAUAGCGACGUGUUCCUAUGACAGAACCUUCAAGCUGUGGACAGCGGAGUAGCUCAGAGUUGCUGAUGAGCUGGAACUGAGAUGUUAACGGCUUUGAACUUGGACAUUCUUACAUUUGGGCUUUUUUAUAUUAAAGGAAAAAAA